CUCUGUGAAGUCACAAAGGCCGUGCUAUGCUUCUGGCCUUGGCUCUUCUGCUGCUCUUGGACCUGAGCGCCCGCCGAGGCUGGGGCUGCCUGCAGUGUGACCACUCGGUGCGGGAGGCCCUGAGCCAGCUGCGCGUCGCCCUCAUCCCCGACCGCUUCCAUCAGGAGCAGCUGCAGGCCCGCGCUCAGGCCCUGCUGCUGGGCAUGGAGGGGCCUUUCUUCCGGGACUACGCGCUGAACGCCUUUGUGGGGAGAGUGGGGAUAGAGCACCUGGACCUUGUGGCAUCCUUUAUCAAGAAUCAAACAAACAACUUAAUGGUUAAUUCUCUUAGAGAUGGGCCUCUGCUGGAUGAACUGGUGACUCUUAGGGAGAGGGUGAUCAAGGAACUCAAGAAAGUUUUAAGAUCAUAUGAAUUAAAAGGCUUGCUAAAAGAAGAAGUCUUGGAUUGUUUACAUUGCCAGAGGAUCAGUCCCAAAUGCAUCAAAGAAAAGUACUGUUUUGUCGACGGGCAGCCCCGCAUGGACCUGCGGUACCAGGACAGCGGAUCCCCGCGGAAUCGGGCCCUGUUCGGCAGCAUCAUUUCCGUGUGUCUGGCUGUCUUGGCCUUUGGUGUCAUCGUGGCUUCUCCAGCUGCGGAGCGCAGUUUAAAGUAUCAGGACUUGAGGUUCCGAGACAGCGACCGCGCAGGCGCUUUCCGGGGCCCGAAGGAGGGCGGGAAGGCCUGGCCGCCGUGCACCACCCGCGGGGGCGCACAGGCCUGGUCCUUUCUUCUGGAGGUGCAUGCCUGGGACCCAGCAAUGGCCAUCAGGACCCUGACGGGCAAGGGCCAGGAAUCGGUGACCUUCAAAGACGUGGCUGUGGACUUCACCCUGGAGGAGUGGGGCCAGCUGGGGCCUGGCCAGAGAGAGCUGUAUCGGGAUGUGAUGCUGGAGAACUACCAGAACCUUCUCUCGCUGGGGGCAGGGCUUCCUGAGUCCAAACCCGACGUGAUCUCCUGUCUGGAGCGGGGGGAAGAGCCCAGGAUGGAGAGGAGAGAAGACCGGCGAGUUACCUGUUCAGACUUGGAGACAAGCUCUGAAACUACUCAGGAGACACUUCCAAAAAAGAGUAUUUCCGAAGAGGUGGCUUCCCCAAUGGGAAAGAUGGAGGGCAUUUUAAGGGCAGUGCUUGGAGACACCAAGCUGGGGGACUCCUGGACAUGCGGCCGUCAACUGGAAGACCAGGGAAAGCAGGAGAGGCGUUUGAGGUGGUUGUUUGCUACUCCCGAGGAAAACACCCAUGGCGAGCUGAGACACUUCAGGCGGACCUCAGCUUUCGUUGGGAAGCAAAGAGUGCCUGGGGGAGAGGAUCCUCAGAAGUGGACCAGGUCAAGAAAGAGCCUGAAACACCAAAGGAAACCAUUUAACUGCACGGAAUGUGGGAAAGCCUUCAUCUACCAUUCGGACUAUGUCCUACACCAGAGAAUUCACACUGGAGAGAAGCCCUACAAGUGUAACGAGUGCGGGAAAGCAUUCAGCAACAGUUCAUAUUUCAUCCAGCACUACAUCAUCCACACAGGAGAGAAGCCCUAUGCCUGCAACGAAUGCGGCAAGACCUUUACCCAGAGCUCAUCGCUCACCGAGCAUCAGAGGAUCCACACUGGAGAGAAACCCUACAAAUGCAAGGAAUGUGGGAAAGCCUUCACCCAGAGCUCCUCCCUCAUCAAACACCAGCGAUGCCAUACCGGGGAGAAACCCUAUAAAUGCAACCAGUGUGGGAAGUUCUACUCCCAGGUGUCCCACCUCACCCGCCACCAGAAAAUCCACACAGGGGAGAAGCCCUACAAAUGCAGUGAGUGUGGCAAGGCUUUCUGUCACACCUCCUCCCUGACUCAGCACCAGACAAUCCACACUGGUGAGAAACCCUACAAGUGUAACGAGUGUGGGAAAACCUUCAGCCACAGCUCGUCACUGACCCAGCACCAGCGAGUCCACACUGGAGAGAAACCUUACGAGUGCCCCGAGUGUGGCAAAGCCUUCAGCCACAGUUCGUCCCUGACUCAGCAUCAGAGAAUUCAUACUGGUGAGAAGCCCUAUGAGUGUCAUGAGUGCGGGAAGGCUUACACGCAGAUCUCCCACCUCAUGAGGCACCAGAGCGUUCACGUGGGGGAGAAACCCUAUAUAUGUAAUGAGUGUGGAAAGGCUUUCGGUCACACCUCCUCCUUUACUCAACACCAGACGAUCCACACUGGUGAGAAACCCUACAAGUGUAACGAAUGCGGGAAAACCUUCAGCCAGAACUCCUCGCUUAUGCGCCACCAGAGAAUUCACACCGGGGAGAAGCCCUAUGAGUGUACAGUUUGCGGGAGAGCCUACACCCAGAUUUCCCACCUCAUCCAACACCAGAGGACUCACACUGGAGAGAAACCUUAUGAGUGCGGUGAGUGUGGGAAAGCCUUCAGCCGGAGCGCCCAUCUCAUCGAGCAUCAGAAGAUCCACACGGGCGAGAAACCCUAUAAGUGUAAGGAGUGUGGGAAAACAUUCAGUCACAACUCAUCCCUAACUCAACAUCAGAGGAUUCACACCGGCGAAAAACCCUACACCUGUAAGGAAUGCGGAAAAGCCUUCAAUCAAAGUAUCCACCUUAUUCAGCAUCAGAGGAUUCAUACCGGGGAGAGGCCCUACAAAUGUAAGAACUGUGGGAAAACCUAUGCCCAGAUUUCACACCUCAUUCAACACCAGAAAGUUCAUAUGGGUGGCAAGCGCUAUGCGUGUAAAGAAUGCGGAGAGGAUUUCAGCUGGGGUUCACACCUGGCCGAACAUCAGAGACUUCACACUGUGCACGACGGCUACGUCUGCGGUAAUUUUGAGAAAGCCUUUGCUUGGAACUUGCAGCUUAGUGAUCAUCAGAGAACUCAUGCCGACUAGAGAGCCUGAGAAUGAAACAAACUGGUGAUUCUGCUGCUGGGUUCCGUUCAGCCUUCAUCAACAGUAGAAGCUUCUUCCCAGAGAGGAGCCGUAACACUAUAUAUUGAGAGAGUUGGUUCCUUUUUUGCCUCCUAGAAGGAAGAUGGCACUGUUUAUCACCAGCGGAGACAGCUUCUGAUCAUUUAAAGGGCUCCCCCCUAAAAUCUAAGCUUCCCCCCCAUCUCUCAACCCUACAAUGUCCCUGGAUGGUGGUAGGUAUGGGGUGGUCUACAUAGGAUGCAACUUCAUCUGGAAUCUCUAAUAAGGUCUCUCUGAGCUUUUAAAAUUUAUUCAUUAUGUGUUAAAUUGGAGCCUGGAAAUUCAAGAAAAAACAAACACAGCUGGAAAGAUUCAUCUGUUAGAGUAAAA